AUGAAGAGCCGUCAGGAUUCGUGUCUUUGGGGCGUUUGCCUGCUGGUUUUCCUGGCGAUACCCCGUGCGAUAGUCUGCUCUGGGGACCAGAAUCGCCAUCGGCUCUUUGUCCAGGCCGAUCGCACCCUCUGCUCCAUCAGCCAUCAGCUCAUCGCCCUGGCCACGGAGCUGGUGGACAAUGUGGUCGAGGAUCUGAUCGUCCUGGACUCGCAGAACAGCAUCCUGAUGGGCUACCUGGACAGCUUCGAUGCCUUCACGGCGGUGAGCGACAACCGGACCGAGGAGAAGCUCGACACCUUCUACGGCGUGGUGGGGGACUACCUCGACUCGGACACCGCCGGUGACCCGCUGCGGCCGUCCACCAUCGAGACCCAGCUGAUCGCCCUGUGCCUGCAGCGCAACGGCUUCGAUCGCUGGAAGCGCACCGUCCAGCAGCGGACCAACCAGCUCCAGAAGCUCCUCCACAAGAAGCUGCGCAAGCACCUGGACUCCCUCGACCCCGAGGAUCGGCUGGCGGUGGAGCGCCGCUGGAAACGGACCCUCGCCCGCGGCGGUCCCCGAAGACUCGACAAGCUGCGGGAGUUUGUCCAGUGGCUGGGACGCCUGUAGGGCCGAGGGGGGGCGGGGGCCCUCUCCCCCACACCCACUCGUGUUUGUUUAUGGCGCCACACAUUUAUGGCGGCGGGGCAACGAUCUGCCAAGGCGGCG